CGUUGAAAUUUAUUUUGCAGCAUACACCUCCUUCUGUUAUCUCAGACCUAUAUACAGACAUACAGCAAGGGCAUUUGCUUUUGGAUCUGUUGGAAGUGCUUUCAGGUCAACAUCUGCCACGGGAAAAAGGAUUUAAUACUUUCCAGUGCAGAAGCAACAUAGAAAAUGCUUUGACAUUUUUAAAGAGCAGAUCACUCAAGCUCAUAAAUAUUCAUGUUGCUGACAUUAUUGAAGGAAAACCUUCCAUUGUGCUUGGCCUAAUUUGGACAAUUAUAUUUCAUUUUCAUAUUGAAGAACUUGCCCGGACGCUUGCUUGUGCUUACAAUCAGCCUUCACUUGAUUGUUCAAGUGCUGUUGACUCCUCUCCAAAGGCAAGCCGAUCAGCGAAAAAAAGUGCUAAAAUUAAGGAACGGUGGAAGAUCUCUGCUACAAAGGCUCUUUUGUUGUGGGCAAAAGAACAGUGUUCACUGCAUGGCUCUAUCAAUGUGACUGAUUUCAAGUCAAGCUGGCGAAGUGGGCUGCCUUUUUUAGCCAUCAUCCAAACCUUGCGACCAGGUCUAGUUGAUUUGGAGAAGGCAAAAGCUAGAAGCAAUAAAGAAAACCUGAAGGAAGCUUUCAGAAUUGCAGAACUGGAGCUGAAUAUUCCACGGCUUCUUGAACCUGAAGAUGUUGACAUUAUGAAUCCAGAUGAAAAAUCAAUCAUGACUUACGUGGCUCAGUUUUUACAAUACUCCAGGAAUUUGUGUGAGUCUGAAGAAGACAUGCAGGAAAAAGUAAGAGAAGCCGUGAGCUGGUUGGCUGCACAGGAGAAGAAGUUAGCAAAGUUGCUGAUCGACACAGAGAAUGAAACAUAUUACCAGAAGUACAAAGAAAUGAUGUCAUUUUUGGAAGUAUUUAACCAAGAAAAAAAAACCUUUCUGCCUGUAUUGUUAUCAAAAAUAAGUGAAGCUGAGCUGAACGAAGGCCAGCAGCAGAUGAGAGAAGAGUGGGAUAAACUGAUCUCUCAGAUUAAUGAAUGGAAGGUGAAGCUGGACGAGAUGUUGCCCUCUCCUCUAGAUAGCAUUGAGGCCUGGCUUCAGGAGGUGGAACAUCUGCAGGCAGAAGAUUUGCCUGAUUUGCAGGACCCGUUUAAAUCAAUGUUUGUCUUCAGAGAAAUAAUUGUAAUAUUUAAGGGUUUGAUGGAUUGUUUUGAUUAUCACUUGGACACCCUUCAAUCAUUUAAGAAUGAAGAUGAGAAGAAUAUGCCACUAGUCAUGCCUGAAAAGUUAGAGGAAAUGAAAAGAAGAUUCAGCAAUAUUCGUUUCACAAACUCCAACACCUUUCUUGAAUACCACUAUGGACUCUGCACAGCUAUUGCUAAUGAACUGAUGUUAAAGCUAAAUAUUUGGGACAUGAAAUAUGGGACAAAAGAAUCAGUGGAAUCACUGCUGGAAAAUUGGAAUAAUUUCAUUGAAGAAAAGAGGCUUGAAACGCAACUAGAAACUGCUACUCACAUCUGUGAAGAUUUGAAAAACAAAAACAUAAGCGGUCCUGACUUAGCUGGAGAUCCUCAAAAACUUUUUAAGACAGUGGAAUCAAAGAUUUCUAUGUGCAGAGACUAUAUUUCCAAUGUAAAUGCCACCCUACAGAAAGUCCUGUCUUCCUGGAGUACUUAUACAGAAAACAUCCACUUACUAAAGAUGUGGCUGGAAGAAAAACGAAAUGAGCAGCCGAAAGAGAUCCCUGCUGAGAUCCUGGCAAAGUGGAAUUCAGUUCAUGGUUCCUUAAAUGAAGCUGGAAACUAUCUCAUCGAAGUCAGCAAAGAGCAAGUUGGAUCAAAUAUUGCCAAAGAGCUGAAGAAACUGAACAGGAGAUGGGCUAAGUUCAUCAAGAGGACACACUUUCUUGGUGAAGAGAGCACGAAUGCUGCUGAAAAAACCAGGGAGCUUCCAGGGAGCCUGGAGAAAAUUGAAGAGCUCCUUGGAGGGGUGGACAGUUGGGUAGCGGAGAUUGGACGCCUGCUUGGCAAGAUCAGUCAUGAGGGGCCUGUGGAACCUGAGACAGAGGAGCAUUUGCAGAGCUUAUCUGCAAGGGGAACCUCAUACCGAGAACAAGUUGUGGCAGCAGAAGAGAUAUUGCAGUCCCUGAUGCAAAAUGUUUCAAAUCAGGUGUCCCAACAGCAUUCUCACGCCACUGGGUUACAGGCACGAAUUAAAGAAGCCAGAGACAAAAUAGAGGCUGUCAUGGGUGACAUGAACAACGUCUUCUCCAAAUCUGAGAAGAGACCUGCAGAGAAGGCGGCUUUGCUCAAUUUUGAAGAAUCCCAGAAAAAACUUGAGGCCUCCAUUUCAAAGGCUGUGCAACUUGUCAGUCAAAAAUUAAGUCCUGAAGAAUGUAUUUCAAGAUACGAGGAAGCUUUUAAUGCACUGGACAAUGAAGCUCUUGACAAAUUUUUGAAAGCAGCUGAACAACUGAAAAGUAUUUCAUCUGAUCGUGAAAAGCUGGUAGUGGAAGAAAAGAGUAAAGAUGUUCGUAAAAGAUGGGAGGCAGUUCAUCAUGAAAUUAUAUCCUGUGUCCAGCUCAUAGUAGAAAGGGAAAAAAAGAAAUUUAAUGCAACUUUAAAAAAAAUGAAUAAGCAAUUAGGCAAAGAGAAGAAACUCCUAAAUACAGAUAAAACCAAAGGUCUCAUCAAGGAACAUGAGGCCUUUUUUUCACAUGAAGGCAGCCUGAGGGAGCUUAGCAAGUCAUUAGAAGACCUUAAAAUAUUGGGAAGACUAUCAGAAGAAACUGUCCCAGGCAUACAGACACUGACUGCAGACUGUGAACAAAAGCUAGAAAAGCUUCAACAAAUGGUGGCAGAUACUUACACGGCCCUGCUGUCUCAUGCUGGAAAAGGACAGUCAUCUGUGAAAGAGAGCUCCAUUGUUGCUUCUGAGAAUGGGGAAGAGCCUGGUUCUUCUCAAGAAAUUGAUACCCUUUCAGUACAGGAGACCUCAAGACCUGCUGCAGAUAUAAUUUUGGAACCAGAUGUGAAACAUCACAAUGGAGAAAGCUAUGCAAAGAAAUUUGAGGAAAACAGUGAUUUGCCCAUACCAGCUUUAUUAGAGAGCUAUAACACACAAAGAAGUAACCUGGAGGAAUUUUUGCACAUCAGCAGAGAUAAAGUAGCAUCUGGCUUUACAGAUGAAAUAAAAGGCACUUCAUGCCUUCAGAAUAAGAUGCUUGAACUACAGGUGAUAGAGAGCGAAGCCAAUUCUGGUUGGACACAAUUGGAAAACAUCUCAUCUACCUUAGAAAAUCUUGUGGAUGAAGUGCAGCAGGCUGCUAUCUCCGAGAUGAGAAGCAAACUAAAAGGAGAAUGGAAGGAGCUUCAGGAUAUUAUAAGUACCAGAACAAACUCUUUAAGGACUGCUUUGGAAAUUGUUUUGCCAAUAGAAAAUGAAUCCAUUCUUCUAUGUGAAUUAGAUCAGCGGCUGAAGAAAAAGGACAUCCAGCAGCUUAAUCUGAUGAAUAGUGAUCUUGCUUAUAGGGAACUAAAGGAGCUACAGAGAUCCAUAUUAAAUCAGAUUGAGGUGUGCAAACAAUUGGAACACCUAGAUAGUUCAGCAAGAGAUGAAUUUAAUCCAAUAGAUCUGCAAGCUGCAAGUAAAAUUAUGAUUUACUAUCAAAACCAACUUGAAGAAAUGAGCCAUAAAAUGCAGAUCCGUGAGACAGUCCUUAAAGAUCUGGAAGCUUUUAUGGCCUCAUUGAGGAAGCUUCAGUCUUUCAUCAAAUGUCUCAUAGAUCCCUCAGGCCAACCUGAAAUACAGGGAAAAGCACUGAGAGAGGCUGCACAAGAAGUUUCUCAUAUGGUAGAAGAGGCUAAAUGUUUGGAUGAACGCUUGAAAACAGUUGAUAUUUGUUUGGAAGAUGCUGAAUGUGGGACAAAAACUUGCUGUGAAAACCUUGUUCUGACUUUAUCUGAAGAGCUAAAUGUGACUUAUGAUCCCUCAAGUGAACAGAUACUUACAGACGAAAAGGACUUAUACAAGAUUUUUUCCACAAAAAACAGUGAACUCCUUAAAAACAUUCAGGAUCUGCGUGAAAGAAUUAACAAAAUAGGCUUGAAGGAUCCAACAAUUCCAGCUAUUCAACAAAGGGUAAAAUCAUUAACAGAAUUGGAAAAGGAAUUGGAUUGUGCUGCUGUUGAAAUGAAACCUAUGCGAGAAAUUGCUAAUAAGCUCCCACAGAUCAAAGAGGAAAAAGCAAAGGAAGCAAAUGAACAGUGCAGAGUUACAGAGAGGUUAUGGGAGGAUACAAAACUCUUGCUUGCUGAAUGCCAGGAGCAGUGUGCAAGGGCUCUGGAGCUUCUGAAGCAGUAUCAAAGCUGCAAAACUAGUCUGACCAGCAUCAUCCAGAAACAGGAGAUUGUGCUUUCACAGCAAACUUCUUACAUGGGGAAGGAGAAUUUGAACAGACUAAUUACAAAGAUUGAAGAGGCAAAAGAGGAAUUUAAUGAUCACUCCGAAGAUGUAGACAGAAUAAAUCAGAUCUGCAAAAACCUUCAAUUCCAGCUCAAUAAAAUGAGAAGCUUUGAGGAGCCUCCAUUUGAGAAUGAGGCUAACAUUAUUGUGGACAGAUGGCUGGAUAUCAACGAAAAGACUGAAAACUACUGUGAUAAUUUGGGAAGAGCUCAGGCUUUGUGGGACAAACUUCUUAGUUUAUCUGGCACAAUCGACGCUUGGGCAAAUGCAGAGCUGAAGAACAUAGAAGACCAUUCUCUGACCGAAGAGGAGCUUACACAGCUGAAGGCAUGCUUGCGAGUCCAAGAGCAGAAACUCCAGAAAUUUGACAACACAGUGGCUGAGAUAGAAGAACUUCUGAAUAGUAAUGAACCUCCACUGGAGCUACAGGUCAUCAGAUCAUCUGUUGUGCAAAAGAUGGAGCUAAUAAAAGAGCUCUUGUCAACGAAGCGAGGGACCAGUGAACUCAGCGUGAAUACAGCAGAACUAAAAGGAGACCUUGAUCUGGCCAAGACACAGAUUGGAAUGACUGAAUCACUUUUAAAAGCUUUAUCUCCUUCUGACACCUUAGAGAUCUUUACUAAGUUAGAGGAGAUACACCAGAAAAUUCUGCAACAAGAACACCAUGUGACAUUACUCCAAGAAGAGACAGAUUGUCCUGAUGUGGAUGAAUUAAAUAAGCAGCUUAAAUGUGUCACUGAUUUAUUUAAUAAGAAGAAACAUGUGUUUCAAGAACACUUUAUUGGUGUUUUGAACCGUCAGUGCAAGAAUUUUAAUGACUGGGUCAGCAGCACUCAGCUGUCUUUGAAGGACUGCUUUGACCCCUCAGAAACAAAACCAAUACUGGAAGAAAAACUGCAGAGGCUAAAGCACUUCCUAACAUCUGAAGGCAAAGACAGAGAUAUCCAAGGGGUUACAACUUUAUUGAAUAAAGUGAAGCAUUACUUGCCCAAAGCAAGCAUUAACCACCUUAACAGCCGUGUGAGAGAUCAUGAAGCAGAACUACAAAGAUUGAUCUCCAAAUGUCAGAAACGGGAAAAGGAACUUGGUGCUUCUCUCCAACAGCUCAGUAGCCUUGAAGAAAGCAGCAUGGUCUUGGAAGAAUGGCUCACUGCUCAGAAAGAAAAACUAGAAGAGAUCAAAAAAGACGAGACAAAACUUGAAAACUUCCAUAAAACACUAUUAAUGCAGAGAAAACCAUUUGACUCCAUGGCUCAGCUAGCAAAUUCCUUGAGGGAGGCUGGGCUGACAGAUGAAACCAUUUCAGAAGCCAGUGAUCUUAGUAGUAGAUACCAGACACUGAUAACACAUGUAAGUGAAAUGGCAGGGAAUACUGAGAGACUUCCAGUGGAAGGACAAAAUUUUGAAGAACUUGCCCAGGAUGUUUCUUGCUGGAUCAAAAAGCUUGAGGAGGCUGUUAAUAACCUGAGUUCACAGGAAAGUGAGUUGCCGUCAGAUGAAAGGAUUAAUCAGAUAAAGGAAAUGACAGCUCUCAAAGAUGCAGUAGAAGCCAAAAUACAGAACAUGGUAGCUCUAGGAGAGACUUUAAUGGGAAAUGAGGAAAAUAAGAAACACUUUCAAGAUAUGUCUGUCAUAAUGUCCUUGAACCAACUUUCAGUAAAAUCACUGGGAACUUUGCUGUUGAGAUCAACGAUAGCUAGAAUAACAAUAUUUUUUCUUAGCCCUGAAGAGCAACUUCAGUUCAACAGGGAGCAAUAUGAACAAAGCAAAGAAGAUCUGAGACUGGCUUUAAAUGAACUGGAGAAACAGCAACAGGAGAUAGGUUUUGCCCUUCAGCCUGGUUUGCAGGAGAAGCAAGCUCAGCUGACGAACUAUGCUGACCUCCUGCAGAAAGCAGAAGAUUUAACUUCCCGAUUUAAUGAACUGAAAAGCCACAAAGAUCACUUACAGGGUCACACUGGGGAUCCCUGCUUCACAGAGGUGGAAUGGUUGGAAUUAAAGCAUCAACAUGAAACUUUGCUCAGCCAGCUACAGACCAUAGUGCAGACAUUGGAAAGUCAUGUUCAAGAGCACCAGCAGUUUCAGGAUAUGGUAAUGGGUCUGAGCACUGAGUUGAAAACUAUCUAUGAGAAUCUUGCUGAUUGUGGAUGUCCAGCAAUGGAACAACCAUCAGCUGAGCAAAACCAGUUGAAAUCACAGGAACAACAAGGACCUCUUAGUCGAUGCGAAGACACAUUAAAGAAGAUUUUGGUUUUAGCAGAAGCUGUUAAACAAAACACCUCUUCACCAGGACAGAAUUUUAUUAAGGAUGAGAUUGAAACACUUCAGAGUGAACACAGAAGUCUGGAAGAAAGACUUGAAAAUGUCAAGCAAAAGGAGGAAAAUAUUUUCAGUGAAGCCCUUGAGUUAAAAGAUGGGUUUGGUAGUGAAAUACAAAUGGAAGAUAAGGCAGAUGCAAUUCUGAAGGGAGAGAAACAGAUCACUUGUGGUACUCCUGUCACUGCAGAAGAGAGCCCCACAGCAGUGGAGUUAAAGGACCCUUUGGAAAUGCAUGAUGGUCAAGAUGUAAAUGGAAGUAUGUCAGAGGAAGAGAAGCAAAAUGAUCCACUUUUGGAGGAAAACAGUGUAUUGUCAGACAGCCCAUUACAGGGUAUCCUUCAAAGCAAGGACGGAUUGGGGCAAACUGUUCAGGGGGAGGCUGUUAAGGAGAGCCCAGGUAUGGACAAACAUGAUAGGGUCCAAGAGGACGUUUUGGACAAUGUGGUUCAGGGUGGUGAAGCAGAACUGGAAUGGCAUUGGGAUGGUGGUGGUAUUGAAGGUGGUGAAACAGGAAAGGAAACCCAUCCAUCAGAGGAGAAACCUAGUGAUGUCAAGAAUCAGUCAUAUAGUGAAGAUGUGGAUCAGGUUCAACCAAGGGUGUGCCAGAAGAACCAAGUCCUGAAACCUGAAGCAGCUGAGGGAGAGGGUCUGGAAUCUGAUCCCCCAGUUUCUGCACAUGAGGACACAGGUGCAGAAGUGGUUGUCCAGAAUGAACUAUUUCCUGGACUGCAAGUAAACACUGAAUAUUUUGAAGAGGAACAAAAGAUCAAUGAGCUGAAAAAUGAAGUGGCUGAACUGGAUAUUGUGCUUAUAAAUGAACAACUAAAAGAGCUGGAGAAUUUACAAACUGAACUGGAAACAUGGAAAGCAAAAUCUUUGUGUCACAGUCAAGAAGCAUUUCCCAAUGCAACAGGAUCAAACAGAGCAGAGCUGCAAACCACAGAGCCUGCGGUGCCCUGCUGGGACAGGCUACUUCAAGAACUAGACGCUGUUAAGGCAGUGAAGCAACAACAGUACUGUUUAAUUAAUGAGUACCAGAAAAGUCUUUCUGCUGCACAGUUGUCGAUGAAAAAUUUGUCAACAGAAAAAGAUAACAUAAAAAUGGGCCCUAUGAACAACACAGUUCUUCUGGAGAAAAUUAAGGCAUGCAUAGAGUCCUUACAAAAAGAAAGAGAUGUCUUAAACCAGUUGAAAACUCAGCAAGAAAGUUUAUCUCAGCAUUUAACAUGCAUGGAUAAAGUGUUAACUGAAAGCCAGAUGAGGCAACUGGAGCAAUGGUGGCAACACAUGGAACAAACAGUGCAAAAAAAACAUGAUCAAGUUGUGGCAGAAAUCGAUGAAUUUAACCUGCUUAUGAAUAAAGCCCAGGAUAUUCAGAGACUGAUACAAGAACAGUGUCUACAAGCAGAGUUAUAUUCCUCAGCUGCAGGAAGAGCUAACUACCCUGUACUUUGGACCACAGGGCUACAGGACAUUAAACAUAGUCUUUCUCUAUUAAAAAGAAGGAUUGAACUGCAGAUGAAAAGAAUUUGGAGUGAUCAAGAGAAGGUAGCUUUGGAGAACUCUGUACAUGAUUUGCAGAGCAAGUUGGAAGCAUUAUCAGCGCAACAAACUCCUCAAGAGGAUGUUCAGAUCACUGGCCCGGCUCUCAUGAAACACGAAAUGAUGAAGAGGCUGAAAGAAAACAUUUCAUGGGUCAAGGAUUCACUGUCCUCUCUUGAUCAGAAAGCAGCUCUUUUCCCCAAUGAUGUUAAAUCACAGAUCAGAAGUUGUCAGCUUAUGAGCAGAGAAGUCCUAAACAGAGAGCCUGUGAUUGUGUCACUGGAUUAUGGGCUCCAGCACAUCAUUCCCAACUUGAAGCCAGAGGAGAUCUCUGAUAUGACCUUCCUUUUACAAACAUUGCAGAAUUUAUACAAGGCUCUUGUUUUAAAAUCAUCUGAAAGAUUACAGCAUCUAGAGCUCCAGCUGGAGGAGAGGCAAAGACUUAUUGCAGAAGUAGAAAAAGUUCACUGUCAGCUUCGAAAUGCUGAGAUGCUUGCCAGGCCUGACAUGAACCAAACCAGUACAUGGUCAGAUUUAGUGAAUCAACAAGACAUUUUAAAGGAGAUUUUGAAGGACAUACGGGAAAUAGAAGGGCUUAUCUCAUCCUACUGUAAAGAGAGUCAGGUCACAGCUGGGAAACUGAGCCUGUCUGAACAACUAUUCUUGAUUGAUCAAUUAAGAAGUCUGAAGAAUAGAGCAAGGAAGACACAGAGGCAAAUUCAGGGUAAACUUCAUGAAGUAGAAAAAAAGAUAGCUGUCUACAGAGAGUUUGCUGAAGGAAUAACUUCAUUGCAGCAAGAUCUUAAUGAUCUACAGUAUGGUGAAAUGAACUUGGAAGAAGAUGAAUUAUUAGUUGACAAGCAGGAAGGGAAGGAUAAAUGCAAAGCACUUAAAGAAAAAGUAUUAGCUUUUCAGUCCAAUUUGUCACAAAUAAUGAAAUAUAAAGAAAUCUUUGAAUGCGUAGGUCUAAAAUGGGACUCAGUGCAGCUGGAUGAAUUGCAAACUAAUUUUUUUAAAAUUAAAAAUAAAAUUAAAGAGAAGAUUAUAUGCUUUGAUAAUGUUGUUAGGGAAAGCGAUAAGUUUAAAGCAUUGCUAAAUGAAAUCCAGACUGUGACCGCCACUGUAAGAAAAGAAGCUAACAUCCUAAAUGAUAGUUCUAGCUCUUCUCCUGUUGAGAAUCUAAUAUCUGCAGAGAUUCUGUUUCAGACAGUUCAACAAAUCCUGUACUUAAUCCAGGAGGUAGCAAAUCAGAUAAACAAAAAUGAGGUCUUUGAUACACCAUUCAAAGAAUCUAAGAGGAAAGAAUUAAAGAGCUUGGAGAAGGAUGUUGAGGAAUUGAAUCAGUUUCUUCAAAACUUGGUCUCUGGUCUCCAGUGUGUAAACAAGGAAGAUACCAAGAAUGAAGGAGAACAUAUAUUCCACAUCAUAAAGCAUAUUCAAUUAGAGCUGCAGCAGCCACUUCUGAUAGACAUAAAAAUAAUGCAGUAUGAAAAGAUGCGAUGGGAAGCAAUUCAGAAUAUGAUGCAAGCAAAGUUUUCUGCUAUUAAAUGUAUAACGGAAAAAGAGAGGGAAAACCAAGAAGAAAAAUCUCUUGCUGCUGGUAUAGAAACAAAAUUAGAGACACUGCAAGAUCAUGAAAUACAACUGAAGACAGAUAUUGCUGCCCGUGUUAGUGCUCUGGAGGAAGCAUGUAAAAAUGGUGAGCUUUAUACUGAGGCUGUUCAGAGGGCUGCCAUGUUCCUCGAGGACUAUGAAGCUCAAGUCAAGUCUGCGGCAGCAGAGCUUGGUAGGUCGGAGGAAGUCUGUCAAACCCCACAAUGGAAACAAGAAGAGUUCAACUCUGCAAAGGCUAAUAUAGAAAACCUGUACUCCAAGCUGAAAAACCUAGUGAAACCAGAAGACAAAAUACAUCUGGAAAAUACUUUAACAGAACUAGUCAAUAAGAAUUUGGCAUUAAGGGAGAAGGCUCAAAGAAGCAAAGGUGAUGAACAGAGGUAUUUUGAAAAAUACAAAAGCUACAUAAAAACCAAAGAUAAGGUGUGUGAUGAUCUUAACAAACUGGAAAAGAUGCUUAGACAGUCUUUGUCUCAAAUACCAACAUCUUAUAAAGAAGCUUUGGAGCACUUAGAAGAAAGCAAGAUUUUAGUCUCCAACAUUGACUUGGCUGAAGAUGAUCUUGUGAAGCUGAGGCAGGUCUCUGGAGAGCUGAUGAGAUUAUGCAGGAGAAGUGACAGGGCACUGGGCAGGAUUGUAACAGUGCUGUGGGAAAAUUGGCUGGGUUUGCUUGAGGAGGCGAAAGGGCUGGAAAUUAACUGUGAAGAACUAAAGCAAGAAUGGAAAUUCAUCAAUGAAGAGCUGGAACGAGAAACAAUAAUUCUUGAUAAGCUCCAGGAAGAACAGCCAGAAAAUCUUAAAGAGAAAGAAAAGGCCACCAGAGAGGAACUGGUUGAAUUACUAGAUUUUGUGAACUCAUUUGAGGAAAACAUCAACCAGCAACAGCUCCUCUUACUCUUACUUCUUCACCGAAUAAGAAACAUCUUGAAUACAUCUGAAAAUACUGAGGCAGAAGCUGCUCUUCCCUCCUUAUGUGAGAUAAAGGCAAUGCAGGAUCGCUGUAGAAAGUUGUAUGAGAAGACUCAAAACCAUAAGGAUUCUGUACAAACUGAGAUUCAAGAGAGAGACAAGAUCACUGAAGAAAUAAGUGCUGUGACAAAUGCAUUACAGAGUGCUGCAUCUGUAUUACUACAAGGUGCUACUGGAAAGGCAGGGCAACUGGAGGAAGUUCAGAGCGUGAUUAGUAAAGAAAGUCAAACUUUAAAGGAUAUCAUGGAGAAACUCCGGAUCAAGUAUUCUGAAAUGUAUACAGUAGUUCCUGCAGAGAUUGAAACACAGUUGGAGGACUGCAAGAAAGUAUUGCAAGACCUAGAAGACAAGGUUAGCUUUGAAAUCUUGCAGAGCUCUCCUCAGUACGUGCUGAAAAGAAAAGCAGAAACUAUUAACAAUGGCCUUCAAGCUAUUGAAAAGAUGUUAAAACAGAAGAGUGAAAACAUUGCAAAAGCCAAAGAAGUUCAGAAGCAAAUCUGGGAUAUGCUGGACCUUUGGCAUUACAAACUCAAUGAACUGGAUGCAGAAGUGCAUGAUAUAGUAGAGCAGGAUUCCUGCCACGCACAGGAGUUGAUGGAUAUCUUAGUGGCCCCUCUUCAGCAGUACCAGCAGGUCUCACAACUUGCCGAGCGCAGAACUGCCAUUUUAAACAAGGCUGCCAACAAGGUGGAAGAAUAUGAUGAACUCUUGAAGAAUGUGAAGGUUUGGAUAGAAACCACCAACUGCUUGUUAAGAGCAGAUGCUCAAAGUGACUCUGCAAAAAGCUUACGCAAACAUACUGAUGACCUUCAGAUGGCCUUGGAAGACUCAGAGCAAAAGCAAAAUCUUCUACAUAGUGUUUACUUGGAGCUGGAGGAGCUAACACCAGUUUUUGAAACGGACAGUGUAAUGCAACAGCUAAAUGAAAUAGAUGAUCAAGUAGCAACUUUGCAGCAUGAGAUAGCAGAGAUUCUUCCACAGAUUCAGCAUGUGGCUGAUGAAUUGGAUGCCAUUGAAUCUCAUGUGAAAGUGUUUGAGAAGGACGUGGCCAAAAUGAAGACAAUCCUGUCAUCAGAAGAUCUGUUAGAAUUUUCUCCUAAAGACCAACUUAAACAUGGACAGGUUAUACUCGACCAUGUUGGUCCCAUGCAGAAGACCAUUGUUCAUAUACAGUCCUACGAAGAAGCACUUCAGCUACCAGGGGUGAAAAUGCAACCUUUCUCAGUCUUCCAAAGGGCAAGACAACUCUUGAGAGAAUUGAAGAAAUUAGAAAAAAUUACUAAGGAACAAAAUGACCUGCUGGAGGAAGCUGUAAAAAAAACAGAAGAAUGUGAGCAAGAAAUUGAAAAGUUGAAACAAUUCUUAAAGAACCACUUGGUUGAAAUAUCACAUGAAGAUCAACCACUGGCUCAGAAGACUCAUUGUCCAGAGGGAAAAAUGGAAGCUGUAAAAGAAGAAAUCAUAAAGCUAUGCCAAAGAAAGGAAGAUAUCCUUACUGGGAUGAAGAAUUCAAUGUCUGAGCUUCACCAGCGCUUACAGCAAGAAGUGCCUGAAUCAGGAGAUGAACCCACAGCCUGUGUAUUAGCACAAAGUGACUUGAUUGGGACUGAUGUUUCUGGUCAGCAGUUGAAAAAAAGAGGAAUGAUGUCUCUUCUACCUUCCUUAGAUGAAGAAUCGGAAGACUGUUCUUUCCACAGCAAGGGAAGUACAGCCACAGAGAAAGAUGCAAGCUUUCGGACUUCAGAAAUAGAUGAUGAAAGGCACAAGGAAGACAGUGCAACCUCCUGGUCUUCUGGUACCUUGUCAGAUGGCAUUGUUCAGGAUGCUGAUGAGAUAAUGGAAUCACACAGUAAACAUGGUGAGGAAACAUCUAUGCAAACUUUGCAGAGCACUGAAGGCCCUGGCACAGGUGAUGGCAGUCAGGCUAUGAGUGACAAGCUGGCUUCUGUCCCCACCGCCACCUGGGGCUCUCGAGGGAAAGCCGGAGACUCAGAGGAAGCUGUAGAUGGCCGUAGGCCUGAGCUAGAAAUGAUCCUCCAGGUGUGCCAGGCCCAGGUUGCCGAGCUGGAACAAUGGCUAGACAAAACUAAAGUGUCCCUGAGGUCAGACCCCCAGACCCCCAAAAUGCAGCAGAUGGUGGAACUGCAGCUUGCUGAUUACCAG